ACAUGUUCUAUCAGCAGUGCCUCAACACACAUCCACUUGACUCGCGACUGUUUACGAUCAGAAGACAGAACAGAAUGGGGAGCCCCGCAUGAGCAUAACAGAUAGCCUAAACCCUCAUCUUUCCUGAGUCUCGGCUGAGGACAAACACAACGUUGUGACUGUUAUGUUGGGUGGUGGUCAUGCAGCACCCUAACUUUGAGACCCACCACCCUCUCCAGCCUGAGGGAGAGCAGGAGACGGUCUUCGACCCGCUCCACAACUUCAACAGGAACCGCAGCCGUGGAGGAUCUCUGGAUAGUAGCACUCUGUCUUACUCAGAGUCUGAGUCCACCUUCCUCUCCUACAGGAAAGAAUGGGAUGACUUGUUUCUGAACAGUAAUUACCUGGCCAGGAUUCGACAGGCAGGCAUCAGCGGCCGAUUGCGGAGCAGCCGAUUCCGCAGUGUGUGCUGGAAGUUGUACCUGGAGGUCCUUCCUGAGGAUAAGAGCCAAUGGCUCAACAAGACCAAGGAGCUACGAGCCCAGUACGAGAAGAUCAAAGAGACACACAUCACCAACCCCCGUAAAGCUGCAGGCCAGCAGGACCUUGUGGUCAACAAUCCGCUCUCACAGGAUGAGGGGAGCCUGUGGAACAAGUUCUUCCAGGACAAAGAGCUGAGAGGGAUGAUCAAACAGGACGUGAUGAGAACCUUUCCUGAGAUGCGUUACUUCCAAGAGGAGGAUGUCAGGACAAAACUGACAGACAUCUUGUUCUGUUACGCCCGAGAGAACGAACAGUUACUGUACAAACAGGGAAUGCAUGAGUUGUUGGCUCCUAUCGUGUUCGUCCUGCACUGUGACCAUCAGGCCUUUCAGCACGCCAGCGAGACCGCCCACCCCAGUGAGGAGAUGAUGUCUCUACUGAAUCCAGUGUUCCAUGAACAUGACGCCUAUGCCAUGUUCUCCCAGCUGAUGGAGACAGCAGAACCCUGGUUCUCCAGCUUCGAGAGGGAAGUCAGAAGGGGGAAGGACGAGAUGCUGACCAGCAUGCCGUUCGCCCGGCCGCAGGACUCGGGGCCGUCUGUUGCUAUAGUGACCAAAGUGAACCGCAUCCAGGACCAGCUGGUGAAGAAGCAUGACGUGGAGUUGCACAUGCACGUCAACCGCCUGGAGAUCGCCCCGCAGAUAUACGGCAUUCGCUGGGUGCGUCUGCUGUUUGGCCGUGAGUUCCCCCUGCAGGACCUGUUGGUGGUGUGGGACGCCCUGUUUGCUGACAGCAUCACUCUGGACCUGGUGGACUAUGUCUUUGUAGCCAUGCUGCUCUAUAUCAGAGACGCCUUGAUAGCGAGUAACUUCCAGACCUGUCUGGGCCUUCUAAUGCACUACCCACCUAUAGGAGACAUCCACACCCUACUACACAAGGCUCUGUUCCUCAGAGAUCCCAAGAACAAUCCUCGGCCAGCCAAUUACCAGUUCCAACAGAAUCUGGACUAUUACAAGACCAGAGGAGCGGACCUAGUCAACAACACCCAUGCCAGUGCCAAGAUGGCGCCUCUCAACAUCAACAAGGUCUCCAGCAGUCUGCUCAACUUCGGUAGGAAGCUCAUCGCCCCUGCUCUGUCAGGCUCCAGCGGCAUCUCUCCAAUCAACAGUGAUGUCCUGUCUGCCCCCUCCCCCCUCACUGCGGGCCCCCUCCCCCAGGCCGAGCCCCUGUCGUCUGGCCAUGCACCCCUGCAGACACAGACACACCCCCAUUCCCAGCACUGCCGCCUUCUCAAGUCUGAGAGCAUGCCUGUCCACCUGAGCAAAGACCAAACCUCCAGGACAGCUAGCUCCUCCCCCAGCAUAGAGAGCCUCCCUGGGGGGCGGGGUCACGCCACGGCAUCCCCGCCCCUUCCUGUCUCCAGGGAAAGUGACAUCAGCACCUCGUCCCCGCCCCUCUCGGCCACCAAGAAGGACUCCUUCUUCAACAUCACUCGCUCCCGCUCCCACAGCAAGACCAUGAUGGGCAAGAAAGAGGCUGAGGAAGGGUUGGAGGCCCAGGUGUCCUUCCUGCAGGGUCAGAUCAACGACCUGGAGGCCAUGAGCAAGUACUGUGCCAAGAUGAUGAACACACACAUUGGUAAGAUCCAGGAGGUGAUCCUACAGGAGCACCUGGAGAAAGAAGACGAGGUGUUGGUGUCACUGGCUGGACUCAAACAGAUCAAGGACAUCCUGAAGGGGGCGCUGCGUUUCAACCAGAGCCUGCUGGAGGCUGAGGAGAAUGAGGAGAUCACCAUCGCUGAUGACCACUAUGACCACGCCGCUGCCGCCGCAGCCAUCGUAGAGCAGCAGCACGCCAACAGUCACCAUGACGACCACCCCUACCAGGCCGCACCGCAGCGUGGCGACGGUGAUGGAGAACAGGAGGCGGAGGAGGAGGAAGAAGAGGAGGAGGAAGAAGAGGAAGCACGUGAGCGCACGCAGUCAGAGCAACAGGCGUCUCCCCCAGAGUCCUCUCUGUCUGUGGGCUCGGAGGGGAAGAACUGGGACGACUACAUCUUGGUCUCACAGGACGGAGAACUGCAGCCCACCGAGGGAGGGGCCGAGAGGACCCCUCCAAUCAGACGGCUCCGCGGCUCACUCAGGGUGGAGCCGGAGGGAGUGGGGGCGUUCCAGGACCCCCUGAUGGGCGCAGCGUCUGGCUCCUCCAGCCCAGACGAAGGCAGCACUCACAGCAAAGACUAUGACUUCACCAUCGUCAACCCCCAGGACCUGUGAGGGACUGUACUGAUCUGGGUGGGAGUUACCCCUAACCACAGAUGUAGGAUCAGUUUAUCAAUCCCCUAAUCCACACUUUAACCAUUAGGGGGAGAAAUGCAUAACUGACCUUAGAUCAGCCUUUAGGGGGUAACUUCAUCCCAACCUGGAGGAUAUGCUGUUCCACGGGGAAACCAAUGCGCCACUGCUGGAUCAAACUUGCACAUGUGGACUGGGCUAUGGCAGCCUACUGUCAGGCAGACGCCAAUACCUUAUAAUCUCCUCUGUCUGUUCUCUCUUAUCAUGUCUGACACAUUACCCUCUCUAACAUGCUCUGUAUUCCUUCUUGAAUACUAUAGUUCUCUUCUAUGCCUAUAGCCUGCACUCCUGUAUGCUUGGGCCUUAGCAGUUAUCCAACCCCACUUCUGACUUCAAGACAAGUGACAUUAAUGGUAAUACCCAUUUGUAACAGUAGAGGCCACUACUAGACAGUUCACCACAUAAGAUACCCUCAGGAGCUGUAAUUCAUACUGCAUUUAUCAGUGUGGUGAAUCCUUUCCCUUCUCUCUGUAUGUGGUAAUGGGAUGGUAGGGUAGUACCCUGUUUCUCCAGGUAGGGGAGCUGUCUGUCCCCAUACCUCUGUAUCUAAUGCCUGUGUCUAAAGAUAACUUGUCUUACUGCCAUUCAUCUCUUUGAUUGGUCUUUAACUGUUCAAGAUAGAAGUUUCUCCUAAUCUAGGAUCAGAUUCCCAAUCGCUAGUCCUUUACCUACCAUUUUAAAAGAUCUGAUUCUGUAUCAGUUGUUAGGGGCAACUUCUACCUACUCAUAACCAGUGCCUGGAAACCAUUCUGACAGAUUACCUGACUCCCUCUUUUUCUCCUUUACGUUGUUGUAAGAAAUUAUUUUAACCCGCACUGCAUUACAAGGUGAACGUUUUUCAAUUAUGGAAACCUUUUUUUAGUUUAUUUUUUUAAGAAUCAAUUCCAUAUAAAUGUUUUCAUGUAUGGAAUAACAACAUAGCUUUCAUUAUUUCCGGUGUCCUUGUAUUUAGUUCUCUUGCUUCCUGUGGUAGCCAAGUAAAGCAUUGCACACAAGGGAUGUCCCUAUAACAGAGAUAUGAUUAACUAUAGACCAAUAAAAGCUUUGCUCUUGCUACAGAA